AUAUGGUUUUGCAAAAAAAAAAGUUAAACCUUCAGCUUUCCGAAUCACUGAAUCAGAUUAUUUUUACUAAUUAAUUGAUUAAAGUGUUGUGUUCUCUACUAAAAAAUAGUGUAUCAAACAGUUAUUACAAUCAAUAAUAAAACAAUAUUAAAGUAACCAUUGGUUUUCUAAAUUAAUUUCGGUCAUUCGCUUAGGGUUCAGCAGAAAUCGUAGAGCUACAAAGCAUUUUUAUUUAAUACUCAUUUUAAGCUGUGCAGCAUGGCUCUAUCUUUAAAACUCGAUAUAACGCAAUGGACGACUCCAGCAAAUUUCAACAGAUGCAGGAUGAAAUGUCCAGAUUUGAAGCAGAAAUCUCCGGAUCGGGUCCAAUUCGGCCGGUGAUAGGCGCAGCGACAUUUGGUGCAGUACAGCAACAACUGGAGCGAUCGCUACCACCGCCACCUCCACCACCACAAUUACUGGCCCAGUUUGACCCUAACGUGAUGGGAACGAGGAUGAUGUUCCCCAAUGUGCCUCCACCACCACCUCCUCCCUCUAUGAUGGUGCCAGCUUCAGUCCAAAGGCUCCGACCUACAGGUGGACCAUCAGACCCUUACCCUGGGCCAAUGCCAUUCCUCAGGCCUGGCAUGCCGGGGCCACAGCUAAUCCCACCGCCACCAGCACCACCCAAACCACAACCAGUGGUUUUGUCAGCAGCGCCCAAGUUGUAUAAACAGCCAAAGGAGGAUGAAGAUAAGAAAGAAAAGGAAGGGAAGAAGCGGAAACGCGAGCGUCCUCAAACCCCACCGAAAAUAGAGGAAAAGCCUCCGGAGCCGACUCCACCGCCGCAGCCGUUGCCCGUUGCUAUCACAGAGACUGUACUGCCUAAGACUAAGAAGGAGAAGAAACAUCGUAAGGUGGUAAGAACAGCAGGUGGUCAAGUGUGGGAGGAUGUAACAUUGCUGGACUGGCCUGAUGAUGACUUCAGGAUGUUCUGUGGUGACCUUGGCAAUGAUGUCACUGAUGAAUUGCUUGCACGGACAUUCGGCAAGUAUAGUUCAUUCCAACGUGCGAAGGUGAUAAGAGAUAAACGGACAAACAAGAGCAAAGGAUUUGGUUUUGUCAGCUUCAAAGAUCCUGGAGAUUUCAUCAAAGCCAUGAAGGAAAUGGAUGGGCGAUACGUCGGCAGCCGACCCAUAAAGCUAAGGAAGAGUACGUGGAAAAAUAGAGCUUUGGAUGUAGUGAGAAAGAAAGAGAAGGAAAAAGCAGCUUUGCUCUCUCUUCUUAUGUCUGGGCAGAAGGGCUGAUAAGAGUGAAUUGUACAAAUUAGAGAUUGUAACAAUUUAAAAAUAUAAUAAAAUUUUUGAAGAUGU